AUGGGGGAACCGGGGAAGCUCUCCCCCUCUCAAGAAUUUUAUAAUUUGGCUUCAGAAUCAAUUUGUAGCUUGCAGCAAAUGAUUCCGGUGGAAAGUGAAAGAAUUCUUUCACACGAAAUUCGUCAGUCUUCAACUUGGUGUCCUCCUCAGUCGGGUUUAAUUAAAAUUAAUUUUGAUGCAGCAGUGAGACUUAAUCAGAAUACUACAAGUCUUGGGUGCAUUAUUCGGGAUGAUCAAGGGUUCCCAAUGACGGCAUGCUCUGACAUAAGACUUGUGGCUUUAAACCCGCUAAUGGCCGAAGCCUCCUCAGCCCUUUUAGCGCUGCAAUUUGCCAAGGGUUUGGGUUUACAUGAUGUCCAUUUAGAAGGUGACUCUUUAACAAUCAUCAAUGCAAUCAAUGCAUAG